CAACUCCAGGGAAACAGAGAGAGAGAAGCCAGAAGACAUCUACCAACGCACAGCAGGCAGCCAGGCACAGACUCCCCCUUUCUCACCGACACUCAACAGAGGGAACACAGGAGGUCAAAAGAUGAAAGGCACCCACUCUUUCGCUGGACUUCUGCUCUUGAUCAUUGUUCAGAGCAGCUGGCAGAUCCCACAGGAGGACACAGAGGACAACUCUAGCCUAUUGACAGAGGACUCUAUGUUUAGUGAGCCAAGGGAGCUUUCAAACAUGAAGAGACAUUCAGAGGGAACAUUCUCUAACGACUACAGUAAAUAUCUCGAGUCGAGACGAGCACAAGACUUUGUCCAGUGGCUGAUGAACUCCAAGAGAAGUGGUGGUCCCAUCAAACGGCAUGCAGAGGGUACCUACACGAGCGACGUGAGCUCCUACCUGCAGGACCAGGCAGCCAAGGAGUUUGUGUCCUGGCUGAAGAAUGGCCGAGGCAGACGAGAGUAGGGCUCCUCUACUCAGUCACAGAGUCCCAGUGUCUUAUGUCCCUGCAGUCAAGAGAGAAUGCAACUCAUCCAGAAUGACCCCCCUGUUUCAUUUCAUGUUUUAUAACCUGUAUCGUCCUUCCUCUGGUCAUGCUAAUAAAUC